GCUUCCACUCUUUGAGGAAGACUUGCUACAAGAUGUUGGCGCAAGUGAUGUUACCCGCCUGUGUCGUCCUCCCUCUCGCUUCAAACAUCACACGAAGAGACAACGACAACAAACUCAAGACAUCUAUUUAUAGCCAGCCUUUCGGACAGCGCUCACCCUCGCUUUGGCGCUGCAUGGACUCAUCUAUGAAAUAGGGGAGGGACAGAGAGAGACAGAGACAGCGAGAGAGAAGCAAGUGACAGGCGCUUGGUGGAUUAAUCCGGAGGAAGAGGAAGACGAUGGGAGGCAAGGCAUGAUAAAAGGCAGCCGGCACAAGGAGGUUGCGGCGUUCAGCAGCUUCUCUCCUGCGUGCGACUCGACCGGAAGAUAGGACAAGAUAAGGGAGGAAGAGGUGCUACUUUUAGCUCUUGGAGGGAGCGCUGCAGUUAGUCUGGUUUGGCAUUUAUAGAGAGGGCGCUGACCGUGACGGCGGAGGAUGCGACUGGAGCGUGAUUAUGCAAGCGGGGAGGGGAACACCCAACCCCGAGGCGACUGAAGGAUGUUCCGCCCGGGGUGGAAAGAAAGACUUGUCAGGAGGAUGCUUCAUGAUCACGCCAGUAUCCACCAUUUGAGAGCUUCUACGGCGUAGCCAUCUUAGAGCAGCAGCUGGUUAGCGUCUACGCCGAAGCAGGAUGCCUCUCUCAAAAGCCGACCCCAAAAUGCCAUACGGUGGCCUCCCAAAUCCCACCACGCACUUCCAGCAUUCCACAAGACGACUUCCGUCCCGUUCCUCUGGAUCCUCCGAGCUACUGCUGAGAGGUUCGUCUCUGAGGAACCUUCUGCACCAAAGUUCCAGCGUAUAUUCGCAAAGGAGCCCGGCAGCAGCCACGCAGCGGAGUGAUGGAACGUGCUCAGCGUACAGCAGCCCUCGCAUUCCCAAGAGGGAAGCCUCUCGUUCAAAGGACACCUUGGACAUCCACACAGGAGCUCUGCGAGACCUUCAGAUUCGAAGGAACACAAACAAGAACUGGACUUUUGGCAAAUACCGGCAGAGAAAUGUGGACAACGCUCACAGUGCGGACGAAGCUGCCUUUUCCCGGAAACAUCACGCCAAAAGAGGAAAUAGGAAUGUGGAAUCUUUGGAGGGAGUAGGGAGCUUUCAAGGAGAUGUGAGGAGCAUCUCUGACCAGGGAAGGAGUACUUCCAAAACAAAACUUCCGGGAAGGGUCAACAUGGCUGCUGUCGCCCCAUUCAGGUACAGGUGUCAGGAUCAGGAGGAGCCACGGGGAACCUUAGAGGACCUGAGCGACUGUUCCUCAGACUCCAUGGAGGUCUGCUGUGACGAUCUUGCAGGCCUGCUUGGAAGUAGUGUGAAAGGCAGGGAAGGAGAUUUCAAGAUGGAUAGCUCCAAAGCGUACAGCCAAGCAGAUGGCAAAGGACUUGGCUUCGGGGCCAAGAGGCCCAAAUCCGGGGGGCCUCAGAGUACCCAGCGGGGCGAACUCAAGGUUUACCGGGCGGGUAGCGCCGAGGGCAGGCUGCCUGUGGCGUCCAGUCUCCGCAAACAGAGGUCCAUGACCAACCUGGCCGUGCUCACCGACGCCGAGAAGAAGUUGCACCUUUACGAGCCCAAGUGGUGCGAUGACAUGGCCAAGCCCGGGGUGGCUGGUUUGAGGAAGACGGGCAAGCCGACGGGCAAGGUGCCGGGUGGUGGCGCCCCACUUUCUCGCAACCUCUCCAAGUCGGAGCACUCUCUCUUCCAAGGCAAACACAAGCCGUUUGCCCCUCUGGCGGCAGCUCCCGGCAAGCAAAGUCGCAUCCCUCGCGCUCCGUACGCGGAGGUCAAGCCCCUCAGCAAGGCCCCCGAGGAUGGUCGGUCUGAUGACGAGAUCCUCUCCAGCAAGGCCAAGGCGGCCCCGAAAAAAACGGGAGCCGGAGGGGAUUCUGGCUCCAAGGGCCAGGAGGAAGAAGGUGCGGACAAACCCUUCCUGAAGGUGGACCCCGAGCUUGUGGUGACAGUGCUGGGUGACCUGGAGCAGCUGCUCUUCAGCCAGAUGUUAGAUCCCGAGUCGCAGAGGAAGCGCACGGUACAAAACGUCCUCGACCUUCGCCAGAAUUUAGAAGACACCAUGUUGAGUCUACGGGGCUCUCAGCAAAGCCACAGCUGUGCGGACAGCAGCAACGUGGGCUACGACAGUGAUGACACCAAUGCUCGCAGUAUGUCCAGCCUGUCCAACCGUUCCUCGCCGCUGUCCUGGCGUCACGGGCAAGCCAGCCCUCGCCUCCAGGCGGGCGACGCCCCGUCCUCCGCGGCGGGGGGUUACCAGGGUUCCAAGACGCUCACCCAGUACGUCGCCCAAACCAUGCCGGCUCGCUGCUCGGGUAGGCUGAGCGGGACAUCACGUGUGGAUCUUCUGGACGACGGAGACCUCAAGUCCGGCUGCUUGAGCGAUAGUGACCUUCUGGGGAAGAACCUCCCGGAUGAUGAUGACAACCUCACUAAUGGCUGGGAUGAAAGCAGCUCCAUCAGCAGCGGACUCAGUGAUGGUGACGGCGAGGUCUCGGAUAACCUCAGCUCAGAGGAGUUCAACGCCAGCUCGUCCCUCAACUCGCUCCCGAACACGCCACUGGGAUCCAGACGCAACUCUUCCAUCAUGCUCCGGACCGACGCUGAGAAGCGCUCCCUCGUGGAGAGCGGACUCUCCUGGUACAGUGAGGACGGCAAGGCGGGCCGCAAGCUGGACGCGUGCGGGUACGACACGGGUAGUCUCAAGACAGAAGCGCCGAGCAAGUGGAGGAAGAAGCCGCCAAGUCUGAGCGACGAGCUGAGCGUCAAAGAGGAAGCCAGGAAGCCCCAACGUCUGGCUGCGUCGGGAAGCUUUAAGAAGAGUCGGAAUCCUCCGGUGGGGGUCACCUCACCUAUCACCCACACGUCACAGAGCAUGCUGAAGCUGGCAGCGCCAAAAAAUGACAAGCCGCAGGACAAAUCCAAGAUUUCCAUCAAGACGGCGGGUCUCCAACGGUCACGUUCCGACGCCGGCCGGGAUCAUCACGUGGAUACGCGAAAGCCCCCGUCUGGUUUAGUAAUCCAGUACCGCAGCCUUCCUCGACCCGCAAAGUCCAGCACGCUCAGCGUCAUCGGUCGCCCCGCGUCCCGACCCGUCAGUGGCACUCUGGACGCGAGUCUGCUGACCCUGAAGCCAGUCAGCAUGGCCUCAGCGAGCCCCAGAGUAAAAGAACCUACAAGUUUGAGCAGCAAAAUGUCAAAUCGGACCAUGGUUGUCCCGGUGAACCAGACCGACCGGGAGAAGGAGAAGGCCAGGGCCAAAGCCGUGUGCGCCGAUAUGGACGUGGACUGUUCUUCCCUGAAAGGAGAUGAGGUUCCAUCCGAAUCCUCGCGAGAAUCCAUGUUGAAACUGCACAGCCUGAGACGGACCAGCAGCAGCAAAUAUCCCGAACUGUCAUCGCCCACCACGCCCAGGAUGUUAGUCAAGUCGUUGGGACGUCCACCGAGUUUAGCUCACCUGGACAAGGUCAACUCCAACAGCCUGGACUCCUGCGUGACCAUUCAGGACCUCCCUCCCAAAGUCCCCCCAUACUCAAAGCUCCAAGACCUGGCUUCCUCCCACUCAACAACCCGUCUGACGCCCAGCCCGGCGCCCGUGCUGCACAUCGACUCUUCCGGCUCAUAUACAAGUGACAGCCUGGGAGGUUCGCCCCUGCUAUAUCCCAAACUGUCAACUAUGCACCGCAGCAUGGAGUCUUUGCCCCUGCAGAUGAGUGUGCCCUCUCGAGCCAGGUUUAGCCCCAAAGAGUCGCAGGGUAGUGAGAGGGGAGUGGGGACCUGGGGCGCCGGGAGCAGGACAUCUCUCAACCUCUCAGAAGGGUUGCAGACCGAUAGGAACACCUUGCCAAAGAAAGGCUUAGAACGCUGCAGCUCGAGCCUGUCGGAAAGCGACGGCAUGAAACCGGGGCGACGCCACUCGCACAACGCGACGUCCGAGCGCAACAGCCCGCCUCAGCUGCCGUCGCCAACCCGCACCAUCCACCUCCUGUCCGCCACCAAAGCUCCUCUCACCAACGUGGUUGCCCCAAUUUCUUCUUCCGGCACACCGAGGAUAUCGCGCUCCAACAGCAUUGGGCCCCCCGGUGACUGCGAGCUUUACGGCUCCUCCCCCCUGGGCAGCACCGUGUCGCUGGCGGAGAGGCCCAAAAGCAUGAUGCGCUCCGGCUCUUUCCGCGAAACCGCAGAUGAUGUCCACGGCUCUGUGCUCUCUUUAGCUUCCACCGCUUCAUCCAACUACUCCUCCUCGAAUGAGGACAGGAUCCAAGGGGAGCAAAUCCGCAAACUGCGCCGUGAGCUGGAAUCCUCGCAGGAGAAAGUCGCCGACUUGACCAUGCAGCUGUCAGCCAACUUAGGCCAGGCUAACCUGGUCGCAGCUUUUGAACAGAGCCUGGCACUGAUGACGGCUCGCCUGCAGACCUUGUCAGCUUCCUCUGAACAGAAGGAUUCUGAGCUGAACGACCUGAGGGACACCAUCGAGAUUCUGAAGACUAAGAACACCGAGGCCCAUGACAUCAUUCAGGGUGCUCUCAAUAAUUCCGAGAUUGUGUCAAAAGAACUGCAGAUAAAUCGUCAGAACUCAUCAGAAAGUCUCUCCAGCCUCACCAGCACCGCCAGCCACACGAGCAUGGGCAGCCUCAAGGAACAGGAGGCCAAGAAGAAGAAGAAGAAGAGCUGGGUGUAUGAGUUACGCAGCUCGUUCAACAAGGCUUUCAGCAAGAAGGGCGCUAAGCCAACAGGGCCCUAUGCCGACAUUGAGGAAAUUGCCACCCCGGAGUCGUCAGUACCACCCUCACCUAAAGUCAACCGCGUUGGGGCUGAUCCUCCGCCAUCGUCCAUGAAAGCCUCAGCAUCUGCGUCAUCAUCUGGGCUCUGUGAGGGAAGCGAAGUGGCGGAUGACAAGGUUGUGUCUGACCUUCGCUCGGAACUGUGGGAGAAGGAGCGCAAACUGACCGACAUCCGACUGGAGGCUUUAACCUCAGCCCAUCAGCUGGAGCAGCUACAGGAGACCAUGACCAACAUGCAGAAGACAGUGGACAAUCUCAAGGUGGAGAACGACCAACUGAAGACAAGCGGCCUGUCCCCCUGCCCGUCUCCUGGACCCUCCAGUUCUGUCUCCCAGUCUUCAGGUCUCACUUCUCUCGCCAGCUUGUCACCACGACACUCUGUUGCAGUGCGUGAUGCCAGAAGAACCAGUACAGAUUCCAUGGAUUAUGCCAGUCUGUCCUCGCAGCGAGAUGACCAUCGUGUCAGGGUGGUGGUUUGCGUUGCAGAUUUGCUCGUCUUCAAAGAUGAGGUGAAACAGCAGGACUUCUUCCUUGGUACCGUCAGGGUGAAUGGCAGGAUGGACUGGCCCAUGCUGGACUCUGCUGUCAGCCAGGCCUUCAAGGUUUAUGUUGCCAAAGUGGACCCCACUUCCAGUCUUGGCCUUUCGACGGAUUCCAUCUACAGCUACAGCAUGGGCCACAUCAAGAGGGUGCUGGGAGGAGAGGCGCCAGAGACGCAGCCCUCUCGCUGCAUGUCCCGAGGUCCCACCAGCAUCACCGUGGCUCUCAAAGGUUUGAAGGAGAAAUGUGUUGACAGCCUCGUCUUCGAGACCCUCAUUCCUAAACCCAUGAUGCAACACUACAUCAGCCUGCUGCUCAAACACCGCAGACUCAUCCUCUCCGGACCAAGUGGAACGGGUAAGACCUACCUGGCCUCGCGGCUGGCCGAAUAUCUGGUGGACCGUAGCGCCCGCGAAGUCUCCGAUGGCAUUGUGGUGACCUUCAAUAUGCAUCGUCAGUCCUGCAAGGACCUCCAGCUGUAUCUUUCGAACCUGGCCAAUCAAAUAGAUAGAGAAUCCAGCUCGUCAGAAAAUCCUCUGGUCAUUAUCGUGGACGAUAUUCACGAUCCGGCUUCAGUCAGCGAAUUGAUCAACGGAGCGCUGACAUGCAAAUAUCACAAAUGUCCAUACAUCAUCGGAACAAGCAAUCAGCCAGUGAAGAUGACUGCAAACCACAGCCUCCACCUCAGCUUCAGGAUGGUGACCUUCUCCAACAACGUGGAGCCCGCCAAUGGCUUCCUGGUUCGCUACUUGCACAGAAAGCUGAUGGAGUCUGAGGACGAGCGGAACCUGACCAACGAGGAUCUGGUCCGUGUGCUGGACUGGGUUCCCAAAUUGUGGUAUCACUUGCACACCUUCCUGGAAAAGCACAGCACGUCCGACUUUCUCAUUGGCCCGUGCUUUUUCCUGUCCUGUCCAGUCACGGUGGAGGAGUUCCGGUCAUGGUUCAUUGACCUUUGGAACCAUUCCAUUAUUCCUUACUUGCAAGAGGGAGCCAAGGACGGCAUCAAGUUCCAUGGCCAGAAAGCGGUCUGGGAGGACCCUGUGGAGUGGGUGAGGGGCACCCUGCCUUGGCCUUCUGCCCAGCAGGACCAGGCCAAGCUCUUCCACCUUCCUCCCCCAAGCAUCGGCUCCAGUAGCCCCGGUCAGGCCGGCGAGGAGAAGUCACGCAAGGAGACCACGCCCAGCUCAACAGAAUCUGAUCCAUUGAUGGCAAUGCUUUUGAAGCUUCAAGAGGCUGCCAAUUACAUCGAAUCACCAGACAAAGACGACCCCAGCCUGCCAAGACUGUGAAUAAGCUCGUGCGUUAAAAAACACUCAUACCGAAAAAAAAGUCAUUGUUACUCGUUUGCUGGAAUGACAGCCUGCUGUUCAUUCGAGAAAAAAAGGUUUUAGGGUGAUUUUGAAGCGUCAUUCCGACCAUGGGAAGUUAAAAGUGAAAAUCUUACAGCAUUUUUAAGAAAGUACAACUGUAUUUAAAAAAUAUAUCUACACUGUAUGUACAGGGGGUCCUCAGUUUCUGGCAGAGUUCCGACGAUGGCAAUGUAACCCAAAUUUCUAUAUAAUUCCGAAUGCACUGUCAUCUACCAUUAAGCUACACUGACCAUAAAUUUCCUGGUUCAAUUAGGAUUUGUCAUUCAGACACUGUAAAGCCAAUUCUGAGAUUUGCUUCAAAAUACACGUUUGAAAAUAAUCACUGAAAUCAAUAAACCCUUCGAACUAUGUCCGGUCACAACCAAUUUUGGAGAUAAAGCUUUAAUCUUUUACCAAUCCUUUUUCCUGAUACUUUUUUUUGGAGGGGGCGGGGGGUGCUAGGCUUUUACAGUGUCUUUGUGACACACUUCACUUGCCUCCCAUGCUACGUAAGAACUUGGGUUGCAAUUCUGAGUUCACUAGUUUUUAUUAUUCGGCUAGCUAGUGCCUCCCUUCGGGGCAUUGAAAUACGCAGAACAACGCAGUGGGAUAUUAUUUCAGCCACCAGAGGUUUUAAGCAGAUAGAUUUUUGUGACUCAAACACGGAGAUAUGCGUAGGCAUAAGAAAGAGGCCCGCAGCGUCUAUUUUGAAGCCUCAUUCUACAUAUUUUUUUGCAAUGUUUGUCGUCAAUCAAAUUUGGCGGGUUCGACAACAACAUUCUUCUGUGGUGUGCAAAAUUUAAAAGACAUUUUUAGAGGUCAUCUGGGAAGGCAUUUUGGGUUCAUCCUGAAAUUCCUCCUAAAAUCCAAAUAUUUGUAAAUACCGUUCAGCGUAUUCUUACGCGGCUCACAGUGUCCGUAGCCUCGAAAUGAUGUAUAGCAUGUCGGGAUCAUCAUAAUCCGAGGACCCCCUGCAUAUAUUGACAUGAUUCACUUCACGUCCGUUGACCACCUCUUUGCCCUCAAUCAUCUUCUUAGAUUGGUGCUAAUAAACACUUCAGGUGAUGUCUAAACCAGCACAUCCUCCGAAGCGCAGCAAGGGGAUACUUUGUGCUCGUCCACUGAAGCUGUUCUGAAAUGCAAUGCAGAAGGGGAAAAAUAAAUCAAUAAAAAGAGUAUGACAGCACGAUGGAAGUUGCUGAAGUUCAUAUCUGCUGGAUCCGUCUCUUAAAGCCAAAUGUUACGCAUUAUGCAAUCCACUGGAGAAAAAAAAAAAAAAAGAUGCCUUAACGAACAAAAAACUUCACUGGUGCUUACGUCAGCUUAGCUCCUCCCAUUAGCAAGUUUCAAAAGCCUUUCAUUUUCUGCCACGAGUCCUCAGUUUGAACUUGCAUAUCCAUAAUCGCAAACUGGAAAAUGUUGCUGUCAUACUCUUUUUUUUUUUUUCCCUCUCUCUCUCCACAAGUCUUCUAGCAAUUAUGUAUUUGAGCUGCUUAACCUUAAAACACACACAGGAUCACCACUGCUGCCAUGUACAGCCUACCAGGUAUUACAUCCACAAUUGCUCCACCAGCAGGAGGAGAAUGAUGACACACUUUGAUUCCACGAUCUUAAAACUCAACGCAAGGGUUACUUAGUGCCACACAGAAUGCACUUGCAUCUUAAUUUAUUUCAGUCCAAAAAUAAAACGUAUAUUUUAAAUAGACUCACGACACGCAGUGUGAAAUCCAUCCGUCCAUCAUCAACAGCGCUUACCAUGAACAGGGUCGUCAGAGCCUAGCCCAACUGACUUCGGGGGGAAGCCGGACUACACCCUGAACUGGUCACCAGUCAGUCGCAGGGCCCACAUAGAGACAACCUUCACGCCGACAUUCACUGAGUGGGAACCGACCCCACACUGCCCCCACACAAGUCAGGCGAGUGUACCACCACACCAUCAGCGAGUCGCAGUGCCGAAACGUUCAUCAAAAACAAGGCAGAGCUCCAUUUUAUUUUGUUAAGUGGCUGCAGAACAAUAGAAUUCUCUGGAUUUCGUUAAUUUUUUUUAAGAUGCAUCGUCUAUUUUUAAAAAAAAUAUGAUCUGGAUCCAGAUGAUUUUAUUUCUUGCAACCACUUGACAAAAUAAAGCGGAAUCAAUUCAAUUCACCUUUUUUUUUAAGUGUGGAAAAAAACUGUUUUAGUUGAACAUUAGCACUGCACUUAAGUAAAUUAUCGGAAAGUAAAAAUGGUUCUAAAUAAUGAUCCACUAAAAAAAGUAAGGCACUUAAACUAGAUCAAGACUGUACUUAUCUUUGAAAUCAAAUAGUUGUAGAAGGUUAAAAUGUGACUUGAUUGUACUUAAAAGUUAAAUACAAUUGAAUUGUACUUCUGGUUCAAAGUUCAAUCCACUGUAAUAUGAUGAAAAGGGAUUCUGUGUGCCACAUUAUGAGAAUCACUGACCGACGUGUAUCAUUUUUCAUGCUUGAGUGUGGCCCUAAUACUCCUUCAAAAGUGUUGGAGUUCCUUACAGCCUAAUGAUCACAUGUGAAAACAUUGUUCCAAAUCAUGUCUGAGGGUACACAUGAUUGUUGAAACAACAAUCAUCAAGGAAACAACAAAAAGUAUCGAACAUGUAGCAAAAAUAAUGAGUUAAAAAGAAGAGAAACAGCCGAGGAGAAAGACUUUAAAGCCACCUAUUUCAUCGUCCAAUCACAUCAUACACUUCAUCAGAAGAAUUAAAAAAAAAAAAAAAAGUUGCAUUUUAUCGACAUUUGGGUAUGUUUGGUGCUUUUCACGUUGUUCGAUGUCGAAUAUCAUGUAACGAUUCAGGGUAGGUUGGCCAGAUUGUUAUCGUUAAAUAGAUUUUUAGAGUAACUUUUUUAAGAGAAAAGUGGCGUCGCGUAAGACAUUGUACCAUGCGUAAUGAUCAUGACCUUGUGACGGUAUUCGCGGAUGGCUCCAGUCAUGUAUUUAUUUAUUUUUGUGUGUGUGUAUGUAAAAUAUAGAUUGUUUCUAAAAUAGAAAAUGACUGUAUUUAAAAAAAAAAAAAAAAAGGGUACACUCAUUGCGUUUGCUGACUUUGUUCACAAAAUGCUCAAAUCUGGCCUCGGUGUGUGUGUCCCGCUUUAAGGAUGUCAUGUUGAAUGAACUUCACGUGUGUAAUCAUAUCAAUAAAUGUCCAGACAUUUUAAUGUGAGAUCAUAAAUGAUAUGUAAAGUUUAAAAAAAAGUCGCUUGGUUACGAAUUGCCGACUCUGAUUGGUCAAAGGAGUGAAUAGAAAGAUGAAUUUCACUCACAACAUGGGAUUUAAAGACAUUUUUUUUUUGUAAAUAUGUUGGCCUUGUUACCCCCGCCCCCCGCCCAAAAAAAAAAAAACUGGACUGGUUGUUUUGCUUAUCUUUGUGCCGUAGCCAUGACUGGUUUUGUACUAUACAGCAACUUCUGCUUGGGUUUUUGCCAAUGUCGGACGUUCCAGUUGUUAAUUCGGGAGUGAAGGGAUAACCCGGUGAGCCUUAAAACGAUGGUUUCGUCAGGGGCGUUAUGUUGGAAACAGGGUAAAUCGACCUCGUUUGAAAUAAUGGUCAAGAUCUCCAUUUCAAAUUGAAACUUUAAUUCCAAAACAGGUGGAAAAAGCACUUUGAAUGGGCGUAACCCCAAAAACUAAAUGGAGGCCGUUACAGGUUGCUGGAUAGUCAUAUUCUUUUUUAGAAAGUUGUCGUCAACUGAACAGUAAAUAUCGGAGAGAAAAAAAAAAUGCUAUGGGAUUUCUUGAAAUGUUCAGGAUUUUUCUGUGUUGUAAAUGCAUGUAAACUUGCUAUGUGACCACUAGGAAGAUCAUUUGUUUUUGUUUUCUUUUUUUACUACUCCGAUAUUUGAUAUUUCCUCUUCUUUUCUAAGAAUCCUUUAUAAAGGUUAAGUUCUCUAUUUUGUACGAAACGUUAUUGUAAAGAUUGUAAAUAUGGCAGCGUUCUGGAUGCACGGCAAAAAAAAAAUGGUUCAGAGUUGGGUUCCGAUAAAAACAUGGAUAGGUUUAACGAAAAGCGCUGGGCGGGCUCCAUUACUGUACAUCCACCACCCGUACAACCAACCACUGUUUGUUCAAAUCAAUAAAGUACAUGUUAUAUUUCA